AUGGAGAUCGAUUCCAAGAUCAAGGCCUACCGAUUCGUCGGUUACGCCGCUCUCACCUUCUCCACUGUUGCCGUUCUUUCGGUAUGCAUCACUCUUCCAAUGGUCUACAACUACAUCCAUCAUGCUCGUAAGACCAUGCAUCACGAUAUCGUUGAGUGCCGUGCUGAGGCUAAGAAGCUUUGGGGAGAUGUUAACCAAAUCCCAGAUCUCAUGAUGGCUCACAACCGUACCGCUCGUCAAGCCGGAAACGGACAAUGCGAGGGAUGCUGUCUUCCAGGAGCACAAGGACCACCAGGAACUCCAGGACGCGUCGGACGCCCAGGAAAGCCAGGAGCACCAGGACUCAACGGAAACCCAGGACGUCCACCAAAGGAGCCAUGUGAGCCAAUCACUCCACCACCAUGCAAACCAUGUCCAGAGGGACCACCUGGACCAGCUGGACCACCAGGACCAGCCGGAAACAAGGGACCACUCGGACCACCAGGACCACCAGGACCAGGAGGAGAAAACGGACAACCAGGAAACAAGGGACCAGCCGGACCACCAGGACCAGGAGGAAAGCCAGGACCAGCUGGACCACCAGGAGAGAACGGACGCAACGGAGAGCCACAACCAGGUGCACCAGGAGAGCCAGGACGUCCAGGACAACCAGGACCACGUGGAGCCGCCGGACAACCAGGAAAGGACGGAGCUCAAGGAGGACCAGGAGAGAAGGGAGCCAACGGAGAGCCAGGACAACCAGGAAGAGACGGUCAACCAGGACGUCCAGGACAACCAGGACGCGACGGACAUCCAGGAGAGAAGGGAGUGUGUCCAAAGUACUGUGCUUUGGAUGGAGGAGUCUUCUUCGAGGACGGAUCCCGCCGUUAA